UGUCGACGAAUAUCGUCAUCGACAACAACAACAGUAACAGCAACAAUAACAACAACAACUAGAAGAAAAACAAUAUAUGAAAAAGUUUUCCCGACAUUUCGAUUUCGAUCGGCGUUUUGUGUGUGUGUUUGUUUUUUUUUUUGAUUGUUCGUUUUGCAAUAAUUAGUGAGGAUCGGUUAAAUAAACUACCAUCAUUAUUAUCAUCAUCGCCAGCAGCAGCAGCAGCAGCAAUUAACCAGCGCUCCACCCACCCACCACCAACCAGCUAUCACACAUCUUUGUGUGUGUGUGUGUGUGUGCGUAUGUGGUUGUAUGAUGAAAUACGUGAAAAUCUUCAGAGCAUACGAAUUAAGUACAUUGUGUGUGAUAUAUUAUUGAUGGCGCAUCGAUUCUCUAUCUGAAUCAUUCACAUAACGUCUCUUCUCGAUAUAAUCGUGCAAACAUAUUGACAGCCAGAAUCAAUCAAUCGCCCCAAAAAACAAAAGUUAAAUAUAUAAAAAAAAAAACCCACACACAAAUCUCUGGUGAACGACAGCUUUUCAAUCCAUCCCCAAAGAACAAAAACAAAAAAUAAAUAAAUACGCCGGAUCUCCAGAUUGCAUCCCCCCCAUCAAAUUUGAGAGGGAAUUUUGUCUAACGAAUCGAAUUGGAUUGGAUAGGAAUUGGAAUUGGAAAGCAUGACCAAAGUUGAGCAAAAUACACCCAUACCCGAAGAGCUGUACAACUUGACCCAAUUGGCUAAUGUCACCCUGGCAGCGGGUCCUUUAAGUACAGCCAGCAGACAACAGAGACAAAGUGAAACCGAAAUGAAGAUGAAUACAAAUUUUUAUGCCUCAUCGGACGAUGAUUCGAACUAUUAUAGCCACAAAGUGUUUGAUCGCAGGAAAUUGCGUAGAUGCACCAUAUCCGAUUCGAAUUCAUGUGCCAGCAGCAGUUGCAGCAGCAGUGCCCAACAGUCCAGCGAGGAGCAACCGCAUUCGCAUUCGCAUCCACAUCAUCAUCAUCAUCCGAACGGUGAAAUUGUUACACCAUCUCUCCUUGAUGAUGACCACAUUUGCCCUGAAUGUGGCAAGAAAUAUUCCACCUCAUCGAAUCUGGCACGCCAUAGACAAACCCAUAGGUCAAUUAUGGAUAAGAAGGCACGGCGUUGUCCCUACUGUGAGAAGGUUUAUGUCUCAAUGCCGGCAUACUCGAUGCAUGUGCGGACACACAAUCAAGGCUGCGAGUGCACAUUUUGUGGCAAGUGCUUCUCGCGUCCCUGGCUGCUGCAGGGCCACAUACGCACCCAUACCGGAGAGAAGCCCUUCAAGUGCAGUGUUUGCGACAAGGCGUUUGCCGAUAAAUCCAAUCUCCGUGCCCACAUUCAAACCCACUCGAAUACAAAGCCCCAUACAUGUUUACGUUGCGGCAAGGCAUUCGCAUUGAAAUCGUAUCUCUACAAGCAUGAGGAGAGUUCGUGUAUGAAAAAUCGAACCGAAACACGUAGAUCGACUGUACCAUCAACCUCCUCCUCUUCAUCAUCAUCAUCAUCAUCCUCGUCGUCCUCCUCAUCAUCUUCGUCGUCGUCGUCGUCGUCACCAAAGCUGGUGACAACGAUAGCAUUAGCUGCUGCCUCCCAAGACUCGGCUAAAUCGACAUUGGCCAACAAACUGCUACAGAAGAAGAGAGAUAUCAAUGUCAAGCAAUCAUCGUCAUCCUCAUCGGCAUUGAGUAGCUUUGGUUACCGUUCGGAAUCCUUUAUGAUGUCCUCUACAAGCGAGGAUCAUGAUCGUUUUAAACGCAUCAGUGUUAUACAGCCAACAGCUGUCAUCUAUCAGGAUUUGCAUCCAUUAGGUGCGACCUAUCUACACUAUUCAGUUUCGAGUCCAGCCACAGUAGCAUCCACAACAGCAGCUGGAACAGCAGUGGCCACCGGAGCCAUAUCCACACCGCAGGAUCAGCCAGUGGACUUUUCGCCAAAGAACAAUUUCACACAUUCAGCCAAGACAAGUCCCUUCGAGUUGACUGGCAAUUACGCCAUCAUGACCUAAAUGUAUCCACACGGAAUCGACAACCCCCCCAACACACACACACACAGAUACAAAAGACGCCAAAAAUCGCCAACUAACUCCUAUUUGACCCUCCCUUCAACUCAACUCAACUUCACCCAACCCCUUUUCCAUCUCCAAAAAAAAAAAAGAAAAUGAACUUUAGUCAACAAAUAUGUGAUAAAAUUACCAUUAGAGAGUAGAUGAUUCCAAAAAGUAAAGAGAAAAAAAACAAAACAAAAGAUGCAAGUAAAAAAACAA